AUGGACAGCUCUCCCGCCUCGCCUUUGGCCCCCAGGGAUCCCAGCUCCCCUGAAUCUUCGAUCGGCGAACAAAUCGCCACUCUACAGGCCCAGCUUGCCGCUCUGCAGGCCUCGCAACCCGCCGCCGCCGCAGCCGCCGCACCCCCGGCCGUCACCGUCGUGCCGGGGAACGCCGCCACCGCAUCCAAGGUCAUGUUUCCCAAGCACGCUCGUCUGGACGGCCCCAAGUCGUUCACCAACUGGUUGCGUCAACUCCGUCUUGCACUCCCGAACCAGGUUCGUGGUUACGUUCUCGACGGUGUCGUUCCCCCGACCUGGACCGCCGACCAGCUUGCCGCACGUGACGACGCCGCCCGGGAAAUCAUCGUUGGCUCUAUCGACUCCGCCGACGUAUCGGCCACCCUCGACGCCAUCCCCAGCGACGACCUGUCGGCACCGCGCAUCUUUGCCGCUCUCAAGGCUCGUUUUGCACCGGACGACGCUACACGCACUCUCGAGUUGUUCGCUCGCCUUUGGGACUUCAGGAAGAUGCCUGCCUCCGUCGAGGCCUACGACACUUGGCUACGCGAGUACAUGUCGAUUGCUCAGGAAAUACGCGACGCCAAAACAUCGCUCAACGACGUGCUCGCCACCCACGUGCUCGCCAUGGUCCCGUCUUGCCUCGACAGCUUCCGACUCACGUUCACGGACGAGCAGCGAAACCGACGCGACCUUCCCGAACUCACGACGCUUACGGACCGCAUUCGCAUCCAGCUUCGUUCGGCAGGACUCUCGACCUCGCAUUCGGCCAUGCUUGCCACCAGCUCCCCCUGCCCCGCCUGCCGCGCUCCCGGUCACCGCCUGCGCGACUGCACUUCACGUGCGAAGCACCCGCCCACCGGCCCCUGCCGCCGAUGCCACAAGAAAGGUCACUGGGCACUCGACUGCAAGAACCGGGGUGAACAGGCACGUAGCAGCGACGACACCCAGGACGACACGUCUUCCUCCGCGGCCUCGCAACCGAACGUCGGCUAUUUCGCCUCCUGCCUCUUCGCUCGUCGCCAACUCCCAACUGACGCCUUUGUAGUCGAUUCGGGUGCCACGACACACAUGGUCGCCGACCGAUCUCUAUUCACGACUUAUCGUCAGACGGCACACACCAAGAUCGGCGGCAUCGCGGGCGGCAUCACGGCUAUCGGCAUGGGGGACGUGGCAUUCGUCGCCAAGACUGGACACCCGAUCACGCUCCGUGGUGUUCUUCACACGCCUGGCCUACACGUCAACCUCCUCUCUGUCUCUCGCCUCUGCGACACCGACCGCGUUCGUCUCGCCUUCACCAGCGACGGCAUCGACAUCGCCAAGGACGGCCGGGCCAUUGCUCACGGUACCAGGGUCAACGACGGUCUUUACCUUUUGGACGCGGAUCACACCAAGUGUCAGCAUCUUGCCUUCCUCUCACGCUCUGAGUCUCCCGUGCCCCUGCUUACCCUACACCGCUGCCUCGGCCAUCUUGCCCCAUCCUCUAUACAGAAGAUGAUUGCUGCAGGUUUGCUGGACGGGUUUGGGGCCGGGUACAGUGACAAAGACGUAGAGGAGUUUGUUUGCAAUGCUUGCCUUGGUUCCAAAGGUCACCGCCUUCCCUUUCCCGACUCUGAGUCGCAUUCCGCCGAGAGACUUGGCCUCGUGCACAGCGACGUCCUGUCGUUCCCCACUCCGUCCUUGACCGGGAAGCGCUACCUUGUCACGUUUCUAGACGACCACUCUCGCAAACUCUGGGCAUAUGCGAUCGAUCACAAAAGCGAUGUUUUCCCGACCUUCCAGACUUGGCUCGCCGAAGUGGAGUUAGAGACGAACGCGCGGUUGAGGAUCCUUCGAACCGACAAUGGCGGGGAGUACCGAUCAAACGCAUUCACGGAGUUCUGCAAAUCCAAGGGCAUUCGUCGUCAAUACUCUAUCCCUUACACGCCUCAACAAAACGGUCGCGCCGAACGUGUCAACCUCUCCAUCGUCGAGGGCGUCCUCGCUCUCCUUGCGGACGCCCGUCUGCCGGCCACCUUUUGGGAUGAAGCGGCUGCGUAUUUCGUUUAUUGCAAAAACAGGUGCUCACACUCAGCUUUGGCCAAACAGACUCCAGAAUCCGUUUGGAACGGCCAACGCACCACCGCCACCGCCCUCCACCCGUUCGGCUGCACAGCCUGGCUCACGGUCGCCCCGGACCUUCGCAGCAAGCUCGACCCCAAGGCCGCGCGCGUGAUCUUCACAGGUUACGACCUCGCCUCCAAAGCUUUCCGUUUCUUUGACCAUUCCAUCAACAAGAUUGUACUUGGUCGCAAUGCCACCUUCCUCGACGACGACUUCCCCGGCCUGCCAGUCACCACGCCCGUCGAUGUAGACGACACCGACCGUCAGUUCGUCGUUCCCGCCGACACGCCCGCCCCUGCCGUCAAGACGAGGACCCCACUAGUAAGGUCGGCGCACAUGGACGUCUCAUCCUCCCUUGAUGAUUCUGCCAUGAGCGCCGUUGACGUGGCCCCAGGGUACACUGGCGGAACCUUACUUAAUUCCACAGAUACCGAAUCGUCCUCGUCACUGUCUCCUGAGCCGUCCUCGUCACCGUCGCCCACAAACCCUUUGUCACCGUCGCCUGCGCUGUCACCGUCGUUGGCAGCGUCAUCGUCACCCUCGGUCUCACCGACCGACUCUGACUACUCCGCCGACCCUCUGGACCUCAUCGGCUCACAGACCCCGACUCGCCUUGGCCCACCGGACGUGCACCGCCCAGACUUCAGCACGUACCGUGAGCCCGCAUCGGCUGAGGAGUCGCCCGACGAACUCGACAUCAUUGGGCGUCACUCGCGCGAUGAAUCGCCGGAUGAAAUCGAUUUCCUCACCCAACACCACCGCGCCUUCAUCGCCACAGACGACGACGACCCCACCCUCGACGCCAUCGAGCCCGUCAAAUCGAUCACUAGCGACCCCCAGACCUGGCGCGAAGCAAUGUCCAGCGACGAGCACAACAUCUGGGCUGAGGCCGCCGCCGCCGAGUUCACCGCCAUGCGCGACGACUUCAAGGUGUUCACCAUCGAGCCUCGCUCAUCUGUACCGCCGGGCGCCACCAUCGUCACCUCCAAAUUCGUCUGGAAGACCAAGCGCAACGCAAGCGGUGAAGUCACGGGGCGGAAGGCACGUCUUGUAGCGCAGGGUAACCGACAGCGCGACGGCAUCGACUUCUCAGAAACCUUCGCACCCGUCGCCCGUUUCUCCUCCAUUCGCUGCCUCCUGGCUCUUGCCGCUGCCAAUGGCUACCACGUUCAUCAGGCCGACAUCGACAAGGCUUACCUCCACGGCGAGCUCGAUCAUGAUAUCUGGAUGACGACACCACGCGGUUUCGACUUCCCGGGCGAUAAGGUUCUCCGGCUGCGACGCUCAAUCUACGGUCUCAAGCAGGCCGGUCGCAUCUGGAAUCGUCACAUUGACACAUCACUCAGGAAUCUGGGGUACAAGGCAACAGGCACUGAUCACUGCAUUUACUCUCGCAUUGACGAUCAGCAGCGGCCUCACUAUAUCGCCUUGUAUGUCGACGACCUCCUCAUUGUCAGUCCAGCCCUCGACGAGAUCGAACGUGUCAUCUCCGGCCUUGAACAGCGGUACGGCGUCAAACGACUCGGCCCCGCGGAGUACAUCCUCGGAAUCCAAAUACGCCGCCUGGACGACGGUUCCAUUGCUCUAUCCCAGGAGCGCUACAUCAUGGACGUGCUGGCCCGUUUCCACUUCGACACCACGACACGCGGCACUACGGUGCCGAUGACGCCCGGCCUCUCGCUCACGGCAAUUCCGGGUCAGGGAACGGAGCGCAUUCGUUCGUGGUACCUACAGGCCAUCGGCUCCCUCCUCUACAUCUCCCUUGGCACUCGACCCGACAUUGCCUUCGCCGUCUCGUACCUGUCCCGGUUCGCCAACAACCCCGGCCGCCGCCAUUGGAUUGCCGUCAAACACGUCCUUCGCUACCUUCGCGCCACGUACCGCGAUGAGCUUCUCUAUGCCCGCGGCCCAGCAAAAGUCACGGGUGUGGUUGGUUAUUCUGAUGCGAACUGGGGCGCCUGCGUCGACACAUCCAUUUCAACGAUGGGCUACGUAUUUUACUUGGCAGGCGCCGCUGUCUCUUGGUCGUCGAAGCGUCAGACUCGGGUAGCGGAUUCCACCACUGAUGCCGAGUACCUGGCCUUGUCGCACGCGGGUAAGGAAGCGAUCUACCUUAACCAACUCCUCUCCGAGCUCCACGUUUGCCCAAUCGCUGCAGCUCACAUCUUCACCGACAACGAGGCCGCGGCCGCCGUCGCUCACGACCCCGUUCGCACCUCCGGCACCCGGCACAUUCGCCUCCGCGAGCAUUUUGUCCGUGACAUGGUCAAUCGAGGUGAUAUCUCUCUCUCACACGUUGGCACAGCAGACAUGGUUGCGGACGUAUUCACCAAAGCGCUAGGCCCCAAGAUUUUUGGUACACAUUGCUAUGCUCUAGGCCUCCGGACGCGACAUCCACGGCUCAAGUCUACCUCGCGUUCGCGUGGGGGGGGGUGUGAGGAAUCCACUCUCCGCUCGGCUCAGGACUUAGGCGCGCGGAGCGAACCGGGCGCGGACUUAGGCGCGCGGAGUGAGCCGGGCGCCCCGGCCCAGGACUUAGGCGCGCGGAGCGAGCCUGGGCCAUUGGCUCAGCCCCAGGCUCGCUGGCUGUGGACUUGGGGCGCGCGGGUCUCUUAUUGUUAGCUUCCUAUUCAUCACUCUUGGCUAUAACUACAUCGCUGACGUAGUAGAGUUGAUCGAAUAGGUAUGUUGAAAUGCAUUCAUCACUCUUGGCUAUAACUACAUCGCUGACGUAGUAGAGUUGAUCGAAUAUCCCUCUCUCUACUUUGUGCAGUAGCGGUUUUCGUUCUUGGAUGGAUCGGCAAGCCGGGUCGAUCGUCGUUGCGUUGGAGGCUUUGUGAAGUUCUCCCCUCUCUUUCCCCCCCUUUCUCCCUUCUCUUCCUCAUCUCGUUCCUGUUGCUCGGUUGUUGACUACGCUUCAGCCACUUCUCCUUUUAUUCCUAAGCCGUGUGUUGGAUUCCGUCGAAUAGAUCGUUCGUUCGCGUUGGUCAAGAUCUACGGCAUGGAUCGGGAAGAAAGGUCGCUCGUUUUUUUGGUCAAUAUCCUCGCGUCAAGGCGAGGCUCGUUUCGUUGUAUUGGAUCGUUUUCGCUCGGCCCCGACGGCUCAACAGCCAGCACUCGAGACUCAGCCAAGGGAGGACAUCAGGCGCUGUCGGGGUGACGAGUAG